GCAGCGCCGCGCCCACGGGCCGCGCUCCCACGCGUGUCACCGCUCCCACGGCGGGCGGAGAGGCUGCGCCGCCGCCGCCCCAGGUUUAUGUCACCAUGCAGCACUAUGGAGUGAACGGUUACUCCCUCCAUGCCAUGAAUUCACUGAGCGCCAUGUACAACCUCCACCAGCAGGCAGCUCAGCAAGCCCAGCACGCCCCCGACUACAGGCCCUCGGUGCAUGCCCUCACCCUGGCAGAGAGACUGGCUGACAUCAUUUUGGAGGCACGUUAUGGAUCCCAGCACCGCAAACAAAGGCGAAGUCGCACAGCCUUCACCGCCCAACAGCUGGAGGCGCUGGAGAAGACCUUCCAGAAGACUCACUACCCAGAUGUGGUGAUGAGAGAGCGGCUGGCUAUGUGCACAAACCUACCUGAAGCCAGAGUCCAGGUUUGGUUCAAGAACCGUAGAGCCAAAUUCCGGAAGAAGCAGCGUAGCCUGCAGAAGGAGCAGCUGCAGAAGCAGAAGGACUGUGAAGGGAGCCACAGCGAGGGAAAGACAGAGCCACCUGUGCUGGAGACCCAGGCCACCACCCCGGACACCGAGAAGGUCCAGAGCCUCCCGAGCGAGGUAGGCACAGACCUCAACCUAACCCUGUCGGAGCAGUCGGCCAGCGAGUCAGCGCCCGAGGACCAGACUGACAGAGAGGAGGAGUUUAAGAGCACCUUGGACGAGGCUAAAGUGGACAAGAGCCCUGGUGUGGACAGCAAGGCUUUGAACUGCAAGAGAGCGAGCCCAAAAGCAGAGUCCCCUAUCAGUGCGACUGUGACGCCUUCAUCCAGCAGUGGCCUGGCUCAGACUCACUCCUACUCCUCCUCGCCCCUGAGCCUCUUCCGUCUGCAGGAGCAAUUCCGCCAGCACAUGGCGGCCACCAACAACUUGGUCCAUUACUCCUCCUUCGAAAUGGGGACACCGUCUGCCAUGCCCUACUUGGGCAUGAACGUCAACAUGGCGCCGCUGAGCUCUCUGCACUGUCAGUCGUAUUACCAGUCGCUCUCCCACGCUCAGCAGGUCUGGUCCUCACCCAUCCUGCAGGCCUCCAGCUCCCUUCCAAGCCUGAACAGUAAAACGACGAGUAUUGAGAACCUAAGGCUCCGGGCAAAGCAGCACGCGGCGUCCCUUGGGCUUGACACCCUACCCAACUGA